AUGGUCCGCCUCACGGUCAGCCUCGGCAGCGCGCUCACGCUGACGCAGGACGGCGCGAGGUACCGCUCCGCCGCGGGCUCGUACGUCACGUCCGCGGGCGGAGACCUCGACGCGGUGGACGUGGAGGGCGCGUACACGGGGUCGGGGUACAGCACCAUGGCCGUCGCGUACAGCUCGGGCGCGAACGGGUACGGGGCGUACACCGUCGCCUUCUCGCUCAACGCCGACUUCUGCCCGCUGCCGCCCUCGACGCCGCCCUUGCCGCCCGCCGCGGCGCCGCUGCCUCCGCCGCCGCUGCCGCCGCCGCCGCCUCUCAUGCCGUGCAUCAGCGUGCCCGACCCCGCCGCCGAGACGACGGGCGGCUCGGCCAGCUACCCGAGCAACUACCAGCUCUCGGCCGCCAUCGAGGACGCGAGGGUGGUGGUCCUCACGGCGGUGCGGCUGGGAGGGAAGAGCGUGCUCGGAGGCGGCACAGCCGUCGCGCGGGUGGUGGAGGGGUCGGGGGCGACGACGGCGACCAAGCACUACUACGCCGCGUACCUGGACGCCUCCUACCUCAAGAUGGUCCGCCUCACGGUCAGCCUCGGCAGCGCGCUCACGCUGACGCAGGACGGCGCGAGGUACCGCUCCGCCGCGGGCUCGUACGUCACGUCCGCGGGCGGAGACCUCGACGCGGUGGACGUGGAGGGCGCGUACACGGGGUCGGGGUACAGCACCAUGGCCGUCGCGUACAGCUCGGGCGCGAACGGGUACGGGGCGUACACCGUCGCCUUCUCGCUCAACGCCGACUUCUGCCCGCUGCCGCCCUCGACGCCGCCCUUGCCGCCCGCCGCGGCGCCGCUGCCUCCGCCGCCGCUGCCGCCGCCGCCGCCUCUCAUGCCGUGCAUCAGCGUGCCCGACCCCGCCGCCGAGACGACGGGCGGCUCGGCCAGCUACCCGAGCAACUACCAGCUCUCGGCCGCCAUCGAGGACGCGAGGGUGGUGGUCCUCACGGCGGUGCGGCUGGGAGGGAAGAGCGUGCUCGGAGGCGGCACAGCCGUCGCGCGGGUGGUGGAGGGGUCGGGGGCGACGACGGCGACCAAGCACUACUACGCCGCGUACCUGGACGCCUCCUACCUCAAGAUGGUCCGCCUCACGGUCAGCCUCGGCAGCGCGCUCACGCUGACGCAGGACGGCGCGAGGUACCGCUCCGCCGCGGGCUCGUACGUCACGUCCGCGGGCGGAGACCUCGACGCGGUGGACGUGGAGGGCGCGUACACGGGGUCGGGGUACAGCACCAUGACCGUCGCGUACAGCUCGGGCGCGAACGGGUACGGGGCGUACACCGACCCGCACAUUCAUUUUGCGCACGGUGGUCGGGCUGACUUUCGGGGCCGCAAUGGCAUCUACUACAACUUCUUCUCUGCCCCUCGGCUGUCCGUCAACGUCAAGACCGAGGAUGCAUCAUUCCGGCUGCACGGCGGCAAGCUCAUUGUCCACGGUAGCUUCAUAAGUGAGGCACACGUUACCGCUGGCUCUCGAAACGACAACAGCUUCCUAACCGAGGCCUCAUUUUGGGCCGAGGAACUGAAUUCAGGCAACUGGGGCUGGAAGGUAAUCAACGGGACCUGCAAGCGCCAUCAUUUCCAGAUCGGAAAGAGGGGGGCCAAGCACUGUGGCGACCUCAGCAUAGCAAUGACAUUCUCCACGGCCACGUUUACCCUCGGCAACUGGACUGUCAGUAUCCAGGGCAAUCACGUCUACGACUGGAUCUCCGGCCCAAGGCACCGCCUCGAUGUCAGCUUCAAUGCAAGAGGCGACGCCGCCGCGCGAUCGCUCCCGCAUGGACUGAUCGGGCAAUCCUUCUCGUCAUCUUCGCCGCGACAAGGCUUGCUCGACAAGUAUCCCCAAGCAGGCCAUUUCACAACCUCGGCAAUGGCGGAGGGUGCGAUCGAGGGGGAGGCCGCUCUGUACGAGAUGACGUCGCCGUACUCCACGCACUUUGCCUUCUCGCGCUUCGGUCAGCCGGAGGCUGUGCUUGACCCGGCUCUGCUGAGAGCGCUCCAGUCGCUCGCAGCAACCUCGCUACGUUAG